AUGCCGGACUGGACGUGGCUUCUAAUGGCGGCGCUCUUCGGAGCAGCCUCGGCGAUGAUCGUUCCAUUAGUGUUCCUACUGUACUACUUUCGUCCUUUUGAAAAGAAAACACCUACUGAAGAGGACUUUAGCAUACCUGUUACCUUGCCUCUGGAAAUACUCAAUGAGCUAAGCAGAGGUGCUGGAAGCACACCUGAAGGGGCUCUCAACGCGAUGCUGCAGUUCAUCUUCCAACAGAGUACCGCAGAUACGCGCUGGUUGCGCAGGCGCAUGGCCAAUGAACUGGCGGAGCUACUGGCGAAGACGUCGUCUGGAAAGAUCUUUGAAUCUCUUACGCUCCGAUCAUUGGAAGUGGGAACUGAGUUCCCUAGCAUCACCAAUCUUCGUCUAGCUAACGGAGAUUUAGAAGAGGAUGGUGCCAGACUACACUCGCUAGACCUUAAGUUCGAUCUCUCGUAUGACGGCAGCUUCAGAAUAGAAGUCGACGCUGUUAUGUUAUUAGGAAAAAUAGCAAACAUUUCUAUAACUGUGGAAAGUAUAAGCGGUAAUGUUCGCGUAAUGUUUCGGCGUACUCCUUACACGCAUUGGGCGCUCGCUUUCGAGGCGCCACCUCGCUUAGAGCUACGAGUUCGAGGCCGUUUCCAAGGGAGACAGCUCAAACCGAGGCUAGCCGCGCUAGUCGCUGCACACAUACGGCGAGCUGUAGCUCAAAGACAUACAUUACCUAAUUAUAAAAUUCGAUAUAAGCCAUUUUUCCCAAAAUCGGAACCAGGAAGUACGGAAGGAGAAGAUGGGCCUACACCACAUGGGCGGCUAACAGUUCGGCUAGUUGAAGUCACUCGUCUGCACUGGUCCGGAAGCAUUGGCAGCGUCCGCGCAGCUUUAGCUGUAGACUCACAUGGAUGGGUAUCCCUCCGUCGCGGAAUAUUAGUCCUUGAUGUUGUUCUACCAGCAGUUACUGGAUCCCUUGGUCUUGUAUGCUGUCAAGGAGUGGGAGUAGUCCUCGUAGACACAGUAGUACCAAUGUCACCAGCAUACAGAGCUGAUCUUAGACGAGAUGAUGUCGUACUGGCUAUCGACAAUAAACCUGUAAACAAUGUUGCGCAGGUCGGCAAGCUUUUACGUAGCGUAGAGCGUCGUGCGGUGACAGUGCGGGUGAGACGAGGGGGUGCUGGCGGUGCAACACGGAGGGAAGACGAGCCGAAGAGACUACGUACAAACUUUUCCUUCCGAAGAGUUUCUGAAGUCAUGGAGGGAGUCCGGCUUCAAGGCAUGCGAACAGCUGUAUCUAAGACAAAUUUAACCGAAACGGAUUCUCCAUCUAAAAUGGCAGAACCACAAAAUGAUACUGAAGCACACGUAAAACAAAAAACUGAGCCAGUACGCCAAAUACCCAAAGCUCCAGACCUCGGUCCCGCUAACUUUGGUCUACGUAAACGCAGAUGUUCCGUUGAAAAUAAGUCCUCGGAUAGCUCAGCCGGUAGUACACCCCCAGCAUCAGGUGCAAGUACGCCAUUACGACAAGUAACCACGAACAAAACUGUAAAGCAUCCAGAUAUUCCAAUAAUAAAAACAGACACGUCAGAAUGCAAGGUAUCAGAAAAGAUUGAAAGUACAUUGGAAGAGGAAGAAAUGUACGAAACCGGGGGACCAAGGCAGUGCGAGCAUGUUGAAAUAUGUCAAAUGUUUUGGACAAAGAUUGUACCGAUUAAGCCCAUAAUACGAUUUGACGAAGAAACCGAAUUUAAACUGAACGAGAAUCACAAGUACCUAAAUAUAAACGUUUGGGCGACAGUGCCGGGCGAGAAAGACGAAGUUUUAUUAGGAUAUCUUAACAUACCAUUAGCGGCAUUACUUAGCGAGUGUCAAGAUUCAACUGUUCCUCAUCAUAUGAAACGUUAUCAGUUUUUACCGCCAGAUGUAGAUAUUAAAUUUAGCAAGAGCCACAAGCUGGCCUCGCACGCAGGCUUCGAGCCGUGCCUGUGUUUCGGGGACGCGCUGGUGUGGUGGGAGUGGGAGGACGCCGGCGUUCGUACAACAAGACCAUCUGCCCGCCCUACGCCGCCCCGCGCCACUCAGCCCGUACAACCCACACGCACCGUGCACGACUUUGUACGGACACACUUCCACAGAUCCACGCAGUGUGACUUCUGUAAUAAAAAGAUAUGGCUCAAAGAUGCGAUGCAGUGUCGAAACUGUGGAUUAUGCUGUCACAAGAAAUGUGUCACAAAGUGUCAGGAAACUUCCCCUUGUAUCGCAAAACAAGAUCGAGGUAGACAUAUUAUAUUAACUGUCAGCGGAAAUUUUUCUCCUCCAGAGUUAAUUAUGACUGAACCAGACAUCGUAAUAGACCCUGAUUCCGAUGACGACGAGAAAUCUGAAAGAAAAGAUUCAUUGGACGUUCAAGAGGAAGGCGGGGGUGCAAUGAGUGCGUUGGUGGCGGGUCUGCGACGCGCGGGCUCUGCGCACUCCCUGUCUGCCCCCAAGAGCAACGCGUCUUCACGCUCCUUGCCCCCCUCGCCCAGUCAUACUCCUCGGAAACAAUCGCUAGAAUCGGGCAAUCCGUUCAGCGGUUGCGGCGCGACGUGGCUGGCCCGCGGCGGCGUCGCGGCGAUGUUGCAGCCGGCGCUGCGCAGCGCGCUGCCGCCCGACGCGCUGCUCGCCGCUGCGCGCGACUCCGCGCCAGACCUAGCUGCUAAGCUCACCCCGACACAGAUACAUGAAAUGCUACAAGCGGUCCGUGAAGAAUUAUCGUCGGUGGAUGCCGGCGGCGAAGAGGGUGGCGAGGGCCGCGCAUGCGCGCUGACGGCGCUCAUGCUGCACUGCUGCGCAGCAGCACAACUAGCACAGCAACACGCCGUCGACGGCCUCAACACUUGAUACCAUUAAAUGUAUUGUUCAUUA